GCUAGGUGGUACGGCAAGCGGACAGGCGCAGCGGGGGGAGACGGUACAGUUUUGGCCGAUACGGUCCGCAGAGGGGCUCGUAAUGUCCGGCAUAACCGCGGGAGAAGGAUUAAAUAGUUAGCUUUAAAACAGGUGUCCGCCGGGCCAGUGUCACCUCUGUCGUCCUGUAUGCGGUUGGCUCGUGCGCGUAUCCAUGAAGACGCUCGGCACGCGCGCAGUUCUACCGCAUUCACUUGUUAUCCCAGAGCGGCCGCGAUGGUUCAAUGUCCUGUUUAAUGGUCGAGAGGUGUGGAGCAAUCUUAUUUGAAAGGUCGGAGCAGGAUGCCAUACGAGUUCGCAUGCUGGCUGAUGGCAGACUGAACGCUGGUCAUGCUGGGGUGUUGCUGGCUGAGAGAAGAGGAUCCUACCCGCUGAUUGAUCUGCGUGUCUUCAACACCAGUGACCAGCAGGGGGCGGUAGAGUCUGGCACCAGGAGGAAGGUGAAGCGUCUGCUGAGCUUCCAGAGAUACUGCCACGCCUCCAGGCUCCUGAGGGGUUUGGUGCCCCACACCCCUGGGUCCUUACACCUACUGGAUGACGACUACCUAGGACAGGCCGCACACAUGCUGUCAAAGGUGGGCACGUGGAAUUUUGACAUUUUCCUCUUUGAUCGUCUCACAAAUGGGAACAGCCUGGUGACUCUGAUGUGCCACCUCUUCAAUGUCUAUGGGCUCAUUCACCACUUCCAGCUGGACAUGGUCAAACUGCACAGGUUUCUGGGCAUGGUGCAGGAGGACUAUCACUCCCAAAAUCCCUACCACAAUGCUGUUCAUGCUGCUGAUGUCACACAAGCCAUGUACUGCUACCUGAAGGAGCCCAAGCUGGCAGAGCAGCUCAGUCCUCUGGACGUGUUCCUGGGUCUGAUGGCGGCAGCCGCCCAUGACGUGGAUCACCCUGGAGUCAACCAGCCCUUCCUCAUCAAGACCAGGCACCACCUCGCUUCCCUAUACCAGAACACGUCUGUGCUAGAGAGUCACCACUGGAGAUCGACUGUGGGCAUGCUGCGAGAGUCAGGGCUGCUGUCCCAUCUGCCUGCCAACAUGUCGCACGAUAUGGAACAGCAGCUCGGCUCUCUCAUAUUGGCUACAGAUAUUAGCAGGCAGAAUGAGUUCAUGUCAACCUUCAGGGAACAUCUGGACAACCAGGAUCUGGACCUUCAACAUGCACCACACAGGCACUUUAUACUGCAGAUCUCUCUCAAGUGUGCAGAUGUGUGUAACCCGUGUCGGGUUUGGGAGCUGAGCAGGCAGUGGAGUGAGCGGGUGUGUGAGGAAUUCUACAGGCAGGGUGAUCUGGAGAGGAAGUUUGACUUGGAGAUUAGUCCUCUUUGUAACCAGCAGGCUGACUCUGUACCAGCUAUCCAGAUAGGCUUUAUCUCCUACAUUGUGGAGCCUCUGUUUGAGGAGUGGCACCGCUUCACAGAGCCCAGCCCUCUCAGCCAGACCAUGAUGGGUCACCUGCACAAGAACAAGGCCCGCUGGAGCCGACUACGACACAUGCACACUCCUCCAGACACACAAACACACCCUCUUGCUGAGGAGCCCGACUCUGAAGGAGGUGGUGGAGAGGGAGAGGACAUCCCCUAAUGCUGUCUCCUCCUUGUCUUGUUGCUUCUAUUGUUUCAUCUACCUUUCCAGCUGGAGGAGAGGAGUUUUCAUCCACAAGGCUUUCUCUUCCCACGCCUGGAUGUACACAGGCUGUCAGAGUGGGAGUACUUCACGGCAAUCUACGUUGGGAUAGGUGAGAAAUAGCACCCUCUGCUGUGAAGAAAUGCAGCAUGGCAAGAAAGAAGCGAUGGAGUGGCAGGGAAAGAUGGUAUGAUAAACAGAUGGACAAUCUUAGUAAUAAUUGUCAAUUUGACAAAGUUUUGCCUUCUCUAUUACUCUGUCCCCUCUAAUAUCUGCUUUUAAAUCAUUUAGGGAGGCAGGAAUUGAAUUUAAAGGUUAUGAACAAUGGCAAAAGAGGAGAGAAUACUCAGUGAAUAUAAAUUUUGGUGUUUGCACAAAAAGAGACUUAUGGUAAAAGAAAGCCAAAACUAUAAGGAGGUCAGCUGGACUGUGCUAGAAAGAUGACUUCAAAAUAUUUGAAAGAUUGACAAAAAUAUGUGAAUAAAUCCUCUACAUCUAUGCUUUUUAAAACUUUUAGAUAAUAUGUGUUUACUUAUGUGUUUCACUUUUUCUCUUUUUGUACAGCUUGCACUUCUUUAAGAUGAUAUUUCAUAAUUGUCUUACUUGUCUACUUUUCACUGAAGUGCGUUUUAACUCAAGCACUAAGUUGGUGUGUGAACGCACUGUAAACUGUAAAAUGUAUUUUUACUUAAUUAUGUUAUCUGUCAGCCAGGCUGUGUGACUGAAUGAAUGAUUGACACAACGAGGCAGUUAAGCAUUGCUGAGUUGCCUAGAAAGAAUUGCUUAAGCACUGACAUGGACUGUCAGCCAGAUAUUUGUGGACUCAAGCUGAAACACUGAUGUGGAGAACACAAACAAGAGCCAUGACUAUUUGUGUGUCACUGUACAAAAAAAUUUUACUCUUUAAAAUGUUAUAUACAGUAUAAUCUGUACAUACUGUGGUGUAUGACCUCAGCAACUCAUAUGCCAAAAUCUCAGUAAUGUAUAUACAUUUUUACCAGACAUGGAUUUUGGGCAAUCUCUUUACACUUGUGAUACUUUUGCAUCAGCUUUUAUGGGUGCAUUUAUCCAGUAACCUCACUUUACAAGCUCACAUACAACAAAGCCUUAACAGCAAUAUUGUCUGUGAAACACAUUUUGCUAAAUGGUGUUUGACCAUUUUCUCUGUUACAUUAUCAAACUUUUCAGUCUCAGAUAAUCUUCAUUUUCUUCAGCCAUAUGAGCAUGCAUGCAGACAGAUGCAGACACAUGCACAACACUGUAGCAGGUUCCUUUUUUCUAUUUCACUUCAACCCCCAGCUUCAGGGUCAAGAGUGGGUCUUUAACCCACAGAGCAAUGCCAAGGUACUAACCUACUGCUCUGAUAUGUCAUCAACUCACUAUACUGUUAAUUCUCCAAAGCUUUUCUAUUCCUUUGUAAUGUUCUUACACCUUUGUAGUUGAAGUAUACUUCCUUUAUUCUACGAGCACUGUGUGCACUCUACCUUAAUUCAUGAACAGACCUGGGCCAAUCAGUAUUGUCUGUAUUUUUUUUAACCUGCAGAGAAUAUCAGGGCAAUUCAGAUAUUGUGACAUAAAUUGUCAGUAAGUAAAAGUAUAGCAAAAUAACUUUCAAAUACCUGCCUUACAAUGUCUAAACUGGUACUCUUUCUAUUGUCUUAGUGGCAGAACCCAUUCCAUGUGGAGCUAGAAUAGCUUCAAACAAACUCUAAGUAGUUUUUAUGAAUGCUCUUUGGUCCAAGUCUAAGAUGGGUUUUUCUUUCAAUUCUUAAUUCUAAAUUGUGAUGUGUAUAGGUAAUCUGAGAUGCCUGGCACAGAUGAAGUGUGCAGGGUAACAAGCUGUAACUGAAGUCUUCCCAGAGCUACAGUAUGGAUAAAUAACUUGAGUAAUAACAACAACAACAAUAAGAAGAAUAAUCACAAGUGAUUUUUUUCUUAGCAAUUUGAGAGGUAUAGUUACACUAAGUGUUAGGCUUUUUCUAUGAGAUAUAGUGCAAUAAAAUACAGUAUCUGCCCAAGUUUGGUUCAAAAAUGCUCAUAUUGAUAUCUGUUGACAGCUCUGGUAAAUUAUUCAUAUUCCCUCUCCAUAGCGCUCUCUUUUGUCUUUGCUUUUAACUCCCACUCUGCCUUUACAUAUCAAGCAUACUGUUGUCAAAAGUGUAUACAGUUGGCACUGUUUUAUAUAGUGUGGGUGAUGUAGCUGCUGUAAUUGAGAAUCAAAGGCUAUCUCUGAAUGCAACUGUAUGUCCACAUAUGCUGGCAAAUUUGAUUUAUUCUAAGAUGCCUUACUUGCAUCUUUCUGUGUUGGCAGCCACUAAAAAACUGUACUACUACUGUUCUUCCCUCCAAGAAGAGCCCUCGGUACUGAGAACAAGCAUCAUGCACUUUUUAUGAGAACAUUGUGCAACAGUAGUUUAAUUCUUUGUAUUGCUGCAUUCAUUUUAACUCAGUACUCAACUUGUGAAUCUCCAGCCUGCAACAACAUUGCACUCACAGUGCUACUACUUUGUAAUGGACCAUAUCAGUGAUUUUGCGUUCUUAGCCUAAUAUCUACAAAAUGUAUAUACUUCACACUCUUAAUCUUUUCGUAUUGCAUUUUACAACACCAGAAUCAUUUUUCCUACCUUUUAUCCAGCCAUUAGUUUCCAUUCAUUCCACUACGACAUGAAAUUGAACUUUCGGAGACUUUCUUCACCAGUAUUCCAUCACCUUAAUAAAAACAUCCACAGUCAUCCUCAUACAUCAUCCAAAACAGUCCCCUUUACACAGCCAAUAAGCAGUUCCAUGGUUUAUGAAUGGUGACAACUUUGUUAGCUACAAAAGAAGAACAUUAUAAGAUGGUUGUUUCAACCAAAAAUUCAAAAUUUGAAAACUGAGGGAUUUUGAUUAUAUCUUUGUACCCCGGCAUGAUUUACAAAAUUGUUUGUAGCAGAAGGGCCAAACUCGUAUGGUCCUUUAAGUAGUAAAUAAGCCCUCCUAUAUUAAUCUAACAAGUCUUGUUAUUCAUGGUUAAAAACAAAAGUUUUUCCAUCUAUUUUUCUGUGUUCUGAUGUCACUUGAAUGGUGUGAAAGGUGUGAAACAAAUACCCAAAAUUCCAACUUGGACGACAAUUCAGUUUGUCAGAACUCAGAGCUGAAAUGAAUGCAGCAUAAGACCCUUGAGGCUGACCAGAAUUACCCAAGUUACUGCUGUAGUGAAGACGCAUUCAAGAUACCAGGCCUCAGGCUCCCUUGUAUUUUAAUACCUCUCAGGAUUAGUACUGAUGCAAGGUCAUGGAGCCAUAUCAGUUUCACGAACUUGUUCUUUGGAUGCAGAUCUUUUGUGUAUGCCAGAAAUGUUCACACUGAGUUAUCCAUAGUUAUCAGCUUACCAUGCUCAAUAAUGGAGAGGCUGGUCACUCAAACUCUGUAAAUCCACUGACUUUACUGUAAUGGUCCAUGAUGCUGAGAUAUUUAAUAUCACAAUAAUUAGAUCCAGGUGUGGUCACAGUGUCUUAAGUAGGAACUUGUAGCAUAUACAAAGUAUGGACAAAAUAAAAUAGAAAUACCAACAUGUAGUCUCUGAGCAAUGAAGGGCUCUGGGGAUUAUGAACUGAAGUUUUUCACUGUGUUUUUCCCUUCAAAGGGUCAUUCAGGUUGUAAUUACCAUUAAACAAACCUUUCUUACAAGUUAAAUUAAUCCUGUAGUGCAUUUCUAUGCUGAUGAUAGUAAUGUUUUCCACUUAGACAAUACAAAUCUCUGCACACCUGAUGUAAUGAUGUAAUCCCAAAAAUAUACAUUUGUAGGAGAUUUUGUAUUGGUGCGUAAAGCAGUGUGCAGCACAGAUGGUCAGUCAUGUAAAAGUUGGCCUUGCUGUGUAGGAUCAGAGCAGGUCAGAUUUCUGUCUGUGAGGGAAGCCUUUAUGGCGUUUCCCUUAUUUUGUCCAUAUGUCUUCCUACAAGUGUCCUGCUGCAAAAUGACUUCAGCAUGACUGAAAUAAUGACACUGAUGAACCAUGUCUCUAACUGAAGAAAUUUCAUUACAAGGAACUAAACUUCUCUCUUGAAUAUUUCAUAUAUCUGUAGACCUAAUGAGUCUGGAGAAAUUUUAACAGUGUGCAUUAAAAAAAAAACAUCUGGUAGCAAUGCUGUUUAAAAUGGAUAUACAGCAUUUUGGAAUGAACAGUUCAAAUGUUCUCCGCAACUAAAAUGGAUACUGUAUCUGUAUUAGUUAUUAACCAACAGGGAACCUCAGAAAAUGGAGAUGUUUACACUGCGGUCCAUAAACUGAUCCAAACAAGAGUUACAGAUCUGAUCUGAAUUUCUGUUUUUUGGGUAGAUCAUUCUGACUUCCUGACUGUAUGUCUCUGUUCUGGCAACCAACCCCUGAGCACUGUGAUCAAUAAAGUUAAUGUUUUUCAAUUA